UAUGAUUGAGACAAAAAAGAGGAAGAGACGGAGACGUGUGGAUGAAAGGUUUUGAGAUUCAGGAAACACUCUGACAUCGUGCAGCUGUCGAUACAAGCAGAGGAAACAGAAACAGAUUAAUGAUCUGAAGGAAUCAGAAGAUGAUUCAUCUACUUGUCCUCGCUCUGGUCCUCACAGGCUGUGAGGCUGAACAUGUAAUCAAGGCGUGUACGGGAGGAUGGUUUGAAUUCACCUGCGAAUACAAAAUUGGAUCAUAUCAAACCAUCGACACCAAGAUUCCCAACGGAAAAAAAGUAAAAGGCACUAAAGUGAACACAUGGGAACAGGAUAAGAAUGUUUACUUGUACCACGAUACAGUAAAUAAACUCCUCAGGGUGAAGGUCACAUCACUGAAACCUGCUGAUUCUGGGGAUUACAAGUGUAAGAUUCAAGGAAAACCAACCAUAGUCGAGCUGGAAGUGAAGAACGGCGGCUGCCAGGAACCGUUUCAUCAAACUGUUAACGCAACGGAUGAAACCACCAUAACAUGCAACUACCCCAAGGACAGACAAGGUUUUUUUUUCUGCAAAGAGGAAGGUUCUGACUGCGUGGACGUUUUUCCAACACAUCGUACUCAAUGGUCAGAGGGAAGGUUCAGGCAGACGGAAAUCGAAAGUGUCUUCAGCGUGUCCAUCAGCAACGUGUCCUCACAGGAUGGUGGCGUCUACUGGUGUGGAUCAGCUCAUAGAAGCUACAGGAGUUCACUCAGAAAAAUAGAGCUGGAUGUUAAAAUCCAGACAACCACUGCAUCUGCUAAGCCUCAGGGUGGCUCUUGGUUACUGGUUAUCAUUGCAAUUGUUGCAGUGGUGUGUGCAGCCGCGCUGGUGCUACUGGUCGUCAAGUUCAAACGAUGUGAGGGAUCAAAAAACACAACUCAAAACGAGGACCACAGCUAUGUAGAGAUAGAACUGCGCCCCCAGAGGCCAGGAUCAGGAACUGCACGAAAAACCCUGUACGUCACUGCCAACUUCCCCACAAACGUUUCUGGCUCCCAUUACUCCAACAUCCUGUUUGAGAAAAGCUCUGGUGAAGUUAGUGGUGACACAUAUUCCACUGUAGGGGGCAGUGUCCUGUGUCCCACCUACUUUACUGUCAAUCAUCCUUCCAGCUUCACUGACAAGACUCUUUAUUCUACAGUCACCUUCUCCGUCAAGUCCUCACAGGAGCUUUAAAAACACAAACCUUGAAUAUUUUGUCAAAACCUUUGUAUAAUUAGCAGCUAAUGAAUCUAUUGCACUGUGUUUGUGUUAUUAUCGUCUGUUCUCUUCGGAAAAAUAUGAAGAAUUUGAGGAAAAACUAUGAAAACGUUAAUCAUAACAUGGAAUCAGUAUUUUUGAAAAGACCAUAUUAUAUCCUUUGUGUGUAUAUAUAUUAAUAUAAAGUGUUUAUCGUCAUGUUUUACCAGAUACCCUUAAAAACAUACUUGAUAUAUUAUAUUGUAUUGUCAAGGGGUGAAGUGUAUUUUUGUAACAUAGAAGUACAUUUUCAGUUUUGGACAAAUCGAAAGUCUCACCCCUGUCUGCUCCCUCUGAUCUCGAAGAUAGAGAGGAUCCAGAUGCUGGUGCUCUAAACAUUUGAAUAUCUUUCAUGUUUCUGUCGGCAGCAGAAGUCUCCUGAAUCACUUCCUUAAUUUUUCAUCUUUUCUCUCAUAACUGAAUUUUUGAGCCACCGGAAAAAACUGUAAUGAGAUAUUUCUUGACCUUUUGUCCCUGAAGGCUCUGACUGAACGUGUUAAUAUUUGAUCAUCUGUGAUUGAAGAAGUCACCUCGUCAUGUCUCCCUGCUGUGGCUCCUCACGCCACAAUAACAUGGUGUCAGCUGUGUGUUGAGCAGUGUUGGGAGUAACGGCGUUUAAGUAUAACGGCGUUACUAACGGAGUUCUUUUUCAGUAACGGAGUAAUCUAAUUAAUUACUUUUGUCAUCGUUACAACGCCGUUAUCGUUAUUGAUAAUGUAAAGUGGCGCGUUACUACAAUUUGGUUGAAUGAAGCGUGCGGUUGUAACAAAUCACCCUGUUCAAACCCCAGGGGAAAUGCUCUAUGCUUUUAAUUUUAAGGACACGGGCGGACUCGACCCGCUGUGUACCUUGCGCGCUGCCCGACCAAGUUGUUAUAAACGAAAGAUCCCUGGUUGGACCGAUGACCUUGUUAUCGGUCUAACCCCUAAUUAAAUAAAUAUAAAUAUAAACGAAUUCGACACAAAAAGGUUGCGUAUUAUAAGUGUAUUUAAACAAAACCCACAUCAAUCCCACAUAUCCCCGUGCUCGAGCCCGCAAACCAUGGCGGCCCCGUAAACAUAAACACGCUAUUUACACACAUUCAACACAUCAAUAUUUCCCCCCCAGGUCCAUAAUAUAAUCCCCGAACAAAACGUCCCAAACAAAAAUGCCUGCAGGUGAGCGAGGUAUAGUGUUUUUAUUCUUCAAUCAGUUAAUAUAAACUUCUUUGACGUUAAAGAUGUUACAGAACGUAACAGCGUUAUAAAACAUGAAAAAUAACGCCACAGUUACUUUGCUGAGUAACUAAUUACUCUAACAAUGUGGUAACUGAGUUACUAACUCAAUUACUUUUUGGGAGAAGUAAUUUGUAACUGUAACUAAUUACUUUUUAGAAGUAACUUGACCAACACUGGUGUUGAGUUGGUUUAAUGUGAAAAUUCUAAUAACACAUGUUACCCAGAGAAAGGUACGUAGAAAUAUGAGCAACAGGAGCAAACAUCUCAUCAGUGAAGCAUUUCUGUGUGAAGACUUUCCUGACACAGGAGAUGCAGCACCUCCACACACACUUUACUGCUGUAACACUUCACCUGACUUCAUGCAGGAGUUUUGUGCAACAGGCAGGAAAUGCAACUUGAUUCACGUCCUGUCGUCUUCUGCUGAAGUAGGGCCGAUGAUGCAAUGCUGGUUAAAAAUGUCUCAUCAUGAACCUCAUAUUCAUCAGCACAAUUGUUUUCAGCUCCCACUUCUCCCUGGGAAAAGCCCCAGUUCACAAACUUUAUUUCACUUCAUUAAAACCCAAUGAUGAUCAAUGAUGAGGUUGUUUCUCCCCAUCGGGCACAAAGUGAGUUUUUCAUUUGUCAAUUAUUUUAAGAUACACCACAUUUUUUCUAAUACGCUUGACCAAAGACAUGAUGUGUAACUAAAUUCAUAGAAAAACAUAUUGUACACACAACUUUUAUAAAUCUGAUGGUUCUUGCUCCAAUGAUUAUUAUGGAAUUAAAUCAUUGUUGUGUUUAUGUUUCAUUUGAAGCUACAAUGUACUCAUGCACAUCUUUUAAAUGAUUAAAACAGUUUUUUUUUA